GGGUUGCCACAACACAUCUGGACGCUGGGGAUCCUCCUGUUGUGCGCAACCGCAUGAUGUUCUGUUAAAAAAUGACAACGCAACGACGGCCCUAAAGCCAUUAAACGCACGCAGGCGAAGCCCCCUCCCCGCGUCGCGUCGUGCCCUCAUCAGACUGACCACUACCCCGCUUCUCUCCCUCCCGCGCCCGCCUCGCGCCAUCCUCCCCUCCUUCAGCCCAAAGCUGUCAUCCUGAGCGGAGUUGAGACGACGGCUCGAGCCCUUAAACGCCCGGAUGAGAGCAGCAGGCGACGUUCGGGGCAACAUGGUCGCGUGAGUCGAGGGCAACGCGUUUCUGGGGGGGGAAACCGACUGCGGCUGCUGGAGAUCGGUGGCAUUUUUCGACGCAACCCGGGAAGAGGCGGUUUGUGGGAGAAGGCAGGGAGCGGCGCGCGGGUGUCUUGUUUCGUCGACGUAAGGAGACAUGAAGGUGAAGGCGCGUGCAGACAGGCGGUCUCACACUAAGCUAUGGAAUGCUCCCUGCACCCAGCAUCUCUAGUCUCCAAUUUUUGGACUGAACUCCAAACGCUUAGUUAGCGGCUGUGCUUCUCCCCUCGAACUCUUUACAACCAGGGGACAAGAAAAGCAGCAGGCCUAACAAGUCCUCCGCUGCAAACGCACAAGGCACUUCAGUUUUUUUAGAAUAUUUAAGAUUUAUCUUAGAUUUAUUUUUUUAUUGCUCCUCCUCCACUUGGAUUUCUCUUGUGCUGAAAUCGCAUCGAGAUGGAGACGGAUCCGUAUCUGUGGAUGGUGAUUAUCGGCUUCAUCAUCGCCUUCAUCCUGGCCUUCUCGGUGGGCGCCAACGACGUGGCCAACUCCUUCGGCACAGCCGUGGGCUCCGGCGUGGUCACGCUGAGGCAGGCGUGCAUCCUGGCGUCCAUCUUCGAGACCCUGGGCUCGGUGCUGCUCGGCGCCAAGGUGGGCGAGACCAUCCGGAAGGGCAUCAUAGACGUCAGCCUGUACAACGACACGGUGCCCGUGCUCAUGGCGGGGGAGGUCAGCGCCAUGGUCGGCUCCGCUGUCUGGCAGCUAAUCGCCUCCUUCCUCAGACUGCCCGUCUCUGGGACUCACUGCAUUGUUGGCGCGACCAUCGGCUUCUCCAUGGUGGCCAUCGGCACCAAGGGCGUCCAGUGGAUGCAGCUCGUCAAGAUCGUGGCCUCAUGGUUCAUCUCCCCUCUGCUCUCUGGACUCAUGUCGGGGCUGCUCUUCUUGAUCAUCAGGCGCUUGAUCCUCAACAAGGAAGACUCUGUCCCUAACGGCCUGCGAGCGCUGCCUCUCUUCUACGCCUCCACCGUCGGAAUCAACACGUUCUCCAUCAUGUACACUGGAGCCCCACUGCUCGGGUUGGAGAUGCUGCCGGUGUGGGCCAUCUUCCUCAUAACGUUAGCCGGGUCGCUGGUCUGUGCUGCUGUGGUCUGGAUAUUCAUCUGUCCGUGGAUGAGGAGAAAAAUAGCAAGUCGCCUCAAGAAGGAGCAAGCUCUGUCCAGGAUCUCGGACGAGAGCCUGGACAAGAUCCCCGAGGAGGAAGAGGAGACCCCGGUCUUCAAGGAGCUGCCCGGGGCCAAGGGCUCGGACGACGCCGCGCUGCCGCUCACCGGGGGCGAGCGGAGCGCCCGCGGCUCCAGCGCGGAGCUCCCCAGCGUGGCUAACGGAAGCACGGCCCCCCCCAACGGCAGGGUGUACGGUCGCACCCACUCCAUGACCAACGGCUGCCUCAAGUCGCCCGUCUCCAACGGCAGCUUCAGCUUCGACGGCCACGUGCGCAGCGACGGCCAGGUGUACCACACCGUGCACAAGGACUCGGGUCUGUACAAGGACCUGCUGCACAAGAUCCACCUGGGCCGCAUGGACGAGCGCGACCGCUCGGGCUCCCACGUCGGCCCGCCGGACAACAACUACCGCCUGCUCCGCCGCAACAACAGCUACACCUGCUACACGGCCGCCAUCUGCGGCAUGCCCGUCCAGCCGCUGCUGCGCACGGAGUCGCGGGACGACAGCGAGAAGCUGGUGGGCGAGGGCGGCGGCGGCGGCGGCAGGAGCAACAGCGUGUCCUACUCCAAGAAGCGGGUGCGCUACGACAGCUACUCGUCCUACUGCAACGCCGUGGCCGAGGCCGAGAUCGAGGCGGAGGAGGGCGGGGUGGAGAUGAAGCUGGCCACGGAGCUGGAGGGGGUGGAGGAGGAGGGGGCUCCGGCCCCGGCGCCCGCGGACGAGGAGGAGGACCACGAGGAGAAGGACAAGUCUGAGGUGUUCCUGCUUUUCCACUUCCUGCAGAUCCUCACCGCCUGCUUUGGCUCCUUCGCCCACGGAGGCAAUGACGUCAGUAACGCCAUCGGGCCUCUGGUGGCGCUGUGGAUGAUCCACGAGACGGGCAGCGUGAUGCAGGAAGCUGCCACUCCCGUCUGGCUGCUGCUCUACGGGGGUCUGGGCAUCUGCGCCGGCCUGUGGGUGUGGGGCCGGCGCGUCAUCCAGACCAUGGGGAAGGAUCUGACUCCCAUCACCCCCUCAAGUGGUUUCACUAUUGAACUGGCUUCUGCAGUCACAGUCGUGUUUGCGUCAAAUAUCGGAAUCCCUGUCAGUACCACACACUGCAAGGUGGGCUCGGUGGUGGCCGUGGGCUGGAUUCGCUCCCACAAAGCGGUGGACUGGCGCCUCUUCAGGAACAUCUUCCUGGCGUGGUUCGUCACGGUGCCGGUGGCCGGCCUGUUCAGCGCCGCCGUCAUGGCCCUGUUCGUCUACGGCAUCCUGCCCUACGUCUGAGGGCCGGGAGGGAGGACUGAGGGGGAAACGGGGGGCAUAUCAUGUCGUGGGGGUGCAGAGAAGAGAGGAGGAGGAAAGCAAGGAGAAGGGAGGGGGGGCACAGAGGUCUGAGGAUGGGUUGGGUUGAACUGUGGAUGUGAGAAGGGUUGGUUCACAUGCUGCCUGUUUUUUUGUUUUGUUUUUUUUAGGGGGGCGGCUCGAUGCUUUUUAUUUAUUCUCUUUUUGGGUGCAUAAAUAUGUAACCAGUGUUUUCUCCAUAUCAUUCAAUCUGCUGUACAUAAGACAAUGAUAAGACUCUAAGUAAGUCUAAAACAUUAAUGUUAAAAGAUGAGCAGCAUUUCUCCCUAUUACACAAGUCUAAACUAACGUCGUGCCCCUUAAAACCGAGCAACGAACUGAGUUAAAGCUAAUUCUUCAUUAUUCAGAAAGCAAAACCUGCACAUAGCGUCGUGACGCAUUGAUACGUUUUAUUAUUUCAGAAUCUGAAAGCGAGGGAACGGAGCGUGUGCUCAACCAACCCCUCCAUCAUCUCACCUUCAACAUUAGUCAGGUGCAGCCUUAGCGUGGGGUGGUGGGACUGUCACUAUUCUUGUGUGUUAUUCCCCACAUUAUACAUAGAAACCAGAGGUGAUUUAUGUCUAAAGCUCCUGUAUGUUUUAGAGAUGGAUCUAAUAUUUUUUAAUGAUGUAUUAUAAUGUAAUUUGUACUGUAAAUACUGUCCUUGGCUGUUGGGGGCUGGGGGCUCUUCACCUCUUCAUGAUGCCAUAUCACAGUAUGUUUCAUCCCCUGCUGUUUCUUCAGUGGUCGGCUGAAGCGUGUUGACUGGAAAAACAGUGUUGAGUGAAUGAAACCCGUUGGCAGGAGACCUUCCAUUCCUUUUCACGUGGUGGCGUCUGUAAGUUCUGCAGUAUUGACGGGAGGUCAUCUUCGGGGUCUCGUCCUCGCGGUGGCGAUUGUACUGGAUCGAGGGCGCUCUGCUCAGAGCAGCACCAUGCCAAAGUAGGCUGCGUCGUCGCCAUGACACUUUAAUGUAGGAAAAAAAAAAGAGCCGAGGUGCAUCAGGAGCCAAAUGCACACGAAAAUAUCUCAAACUCUUCAUAUCUUCAUUCAUAUGCCUUGGUUUUCUCACGUGGAGCGCCGGUACUGGAGUCAUUUCCCUGGUACUGACGGCUCCAUGCCAAUAUGGACCUCUGCCUCCAGAUGUUAAAGCCUUGUCCGCUGUGUUAUUUAGAGGGUGCGACCUCUGACCUGUAGCUCCUCGCGCUGGGCUGAUCUCUGGAACAUUUAGCCCAUCGAUCGAUCCGUUGCCAUAGAGGUGAUAAAGGUUCUCUAGACACCACAGGGUGAAGAGGGCGAAUCAGAGGCCGCUCAUACACGAAAAUAUCAGCAGUUUAGGGAUCGUUGUCUGGAUGACAUGGUAUUGGGGGGAGGGGGGGACUGAUCAUCACCAGCUUUUUAACAGAGUCACCACGACCUGUAGAUGAACAAAGUCUGAAGCUUCUCUUGAACAAACUCCAUGGCCGGUGUUGCUCGUUGGUUUGGUUCUCGUGGUGUGUUCCCUUAUUCUCGUUUUUUUUGGUUCGUUUUGUUUCUGAUGAACAAAUCUAUGCUUACGUAGCCACUUGCCUUGUAACAAUGUGUUUUACUUUGUGCAGAUGAAGCAAAAUAAUUAAGUACUGUGGUGUUUACAUCGUAACCAUGUUGUAGAAUAUCUGGGGGGGAAAAACAGACUGUUGCCUAAUGAUGCCAAUGAAAGACAGAACUAGUAACCAUGAAUUUCUAUGAGGAGAAAGAAAACAAAAAAUGAAAAAGUGUUGAGAGAGAGAGAAAGGGCAAAAGUAUGUGUGAUGACUUUGUUUCUUCUUUAUUUUUGUAGUACUAGUUGUAGUAGUAGUAGUGCUAAUCAUGAUCCCCGUCACUUUACACUGCUACUACAAUGCGUUAACACUACAUGUAUGGGUGCAAUUCAGUAAUGAAGAGAAUAACUAUAGAAAUUUCAUCGACUAUAUAUUUUUCUACCAUAUCUGAGUUUUAACCUGGCUGAGCUUCCAGACACAAGGACAGACUUCGGAGCUGAUGGGGGGAAUUGGUCCCUAGAGACUGGUCCUGCUGUCUCGCCUCCACGGUGCCAUGAGCCACAUUUCCCCCGCAGCCGCGCGCUAACGUGUAGACGGAUGUGUUGGUCGCCAGUAGAUCAGAUUGUUGAAAUGACCAUUUUUAUUUUUGAACUUUAGAUGAAAUCGCUUUGUAAUUUUGUUUCCCUGCUGAUUUGAUGGUGAGCCGUGAGAGCAGGACAGGCCGACUCUUUGCAGAUGAGGAGGUUAAAUCUAAAACGCUAACAGACAAACUGGACUUUGAGGACAUUUGCUUUCUCCUUUUGGCAGGUGACCACUCUAGAAGCUCAUACUGCGCUGGCUGUGUGCUUCACAGGCGUCUGAACACAGGGAGAGCUCCUAAAGGGCCUUGAUGAAAAUCGUUGAUCACCUUGUUGUGCAGACUCCUUUAUAACUUAGCCUGUCGCGUUUUUGUUUAUUUGUUCAUUUGUUUCUUCCUUGUUUCGUUUGUUUGCUCGCUCAUGCAUUCACAGUCCUGACAGGCCAAAAGGGAUGCACUGCUCAUGAUGGGGUGGAGUCAACACCGCCCCCUGGUGGCUCCAACUCCACACACUUGGUAUGAAGUUAAAAAAAAAAAAAGGCUGCACAUUCUGAUGUCAGUGUUGCCAAAACCUUAUUGGUGCUUUUUGACCGCAGGAACUUGCGGAGCCAGAACUGAACUGUACUUGGCUGAGAUCGUGGGAGCAGCACUGAGUAGGUGGCAUCUAAGCUGCAGAUGUUUGUGGGGGUCUCAGCCGUGAUGGGUUGAAAAUAAGAACCGUCUCCUCUGGUGCAUCAGCAGAACCAGGAGGUGGAGGCUCAGUGCCUGCAGUUACAAAAUUCCCUUUGUUGCAACACAAACAAAUACAAUGUGUGGAUGCCUUUAAAUGAGUCAGACAUUAAUUUCUAUACCAGCUUUAGUCUGACUGACCUUCAAACAUUUUAUACGUUUAUUGUUGUCCUAUUAUCACUAAGACUGCAGGUCUGUAUAACCUUUGAGUCCAGCCACUAGGGGGCGCAGUCUGGCGCUCUCCCCUCUGUAGAAAGGGACAGCAUCAUAGGCCGGUCCGGUUCAGCUGAGGCAGGGGCACAGUUGCCAUUGAGGGAGUUACUUUUCAUCGACUGCAUCAUAUCCGUUUUGUAACCUUCGCGUAGAGAGACACUAGAGGAACUGAAUGUGCCAUUUCUUUCUCCCUGAAUGUGCAAUACGAGCCGUUUCUUGUUCAAGGUGCAACUACAUUGAUGUCACUCCGUGGUUGUGUAGCUCCAUCCGCCCUAGUGUAAUCGCAGCCGCUGUUUGCGUGGAACCAGCGCCACCUGACAGAGGUGAAGGGCCAAUGGGUCGGGUCGGUCCGGUUCGGACCCGUCGUCGGGUGUGGGCGCGCUGUCUAGUGUUCUGGUCCGUUUCCUAAUAGAAUGUGCUCCUUGGCUGGUCUGCAGGCUUUCAGCUGCGUGUUGUCCUUUUACUGUUUACUCCUAUUUACCUGUCCAGUACAAAAUGAUUUAAAAACUAAAAAAUAAAAUCUAAAGAAACUGUAGCCUGCUUCCACACAAUCUUAAAGCUCUUCUGAUUUGCAUAUAUCGUACUGUAAUGUUUUAUUUAAGAUUUUAGUGAAACUGUCUGCAUUUAAACUAAAUUAUGGGAAUUAAAAUUACAAAGAUGACCUGAA